AAACCAGGAAAUAGCAUCUAGGAUGAACUAGUACUGUGAAAUUUCUCAUCGUGGAUUGGGCAAUCAAAGUUUAAAAUAAGUGUCUGAGAAUACCUUUGGGAGUGGCCUGCAAAACGCCGUCUUUAACGCCGUCGGGAAAGUCACAGAACACGUAAAAGACGGCGUUUUUGACAGCACAAAACGCCGUCUUUUACACCGUUCUGAGGACACGCUAGAAGUGUAUGCAGUUCGGCGUUCAAUGCGGCGUUCAAUGACUAGAAAAAAACGUCGUUUUUAUCGGCGCUCUGAAAGACUACAUGAAGACGGCGUGCAAUACGGCGUUCUGAAGGGAUUUCCGCCACUUUUUUCGGCGUUUUAAGUUUAAAGACGGCGAUUAAGACGCCGUUAAAUAACCAAACGUGUUUAAAAGUGGGCUAAUCCCUAAGGCUUGCGACAGUAGUUGGUCCGGUCUGAGGGGGUGGGGUCAGUCCGUGUGCCCAGCAUCGAUUUCAGCUUGAAGUCCGUCGACAACCGGCGGGGUCAUCAGUUCUCCGUUUGUGUGGCGCGAGGGAGAGAAUGAGAAUAGUGGAUUUAUGUCCCUCAUGUAGCGAAGAAGAAGAGAAGUCCCUCCGAAAGACUUUGACAUGAAGAAGGAUAUAGACACGCUGAAGACAGAGGAACAGGCUGAAAUCAUCUCUAAAUAUGACAAGGGCAGACGAGAUGGUGUCGACAUUGACCCAUGGGAGGAUGCCAACUACAACAUCUAUAAAGUCACCGACCGCUUCGGCUUCCUGCAUGAGGAAGAGCUGCCAACGCCCACGGCUGUAGAAGAGAAGCAAAAACUACAAGAGAUCGAGCGGGUGGAGAAAUGGCUAAAGAUGGUGAAGAAAUGGAACAAGUACAAGAACAGCGACAAGUUGGCAAAGCGUGUCUACAAGGGCAUCCCUCUUCAGCUGAGGGGUCAAGCUUGGGCCUUGCUUUUGGACUUAGAAAAGGUUAAACAAGACAAUGAGGGAAAAUAUGAGAAAAUGAAGCAGCAGGCUCGUCUCUACUCGACGGAGAUCAAGCAGAUAGAUUUGGAUGUGAACAGAACCUUCAGGAACCACAUCAUGUUCAUGGAUCGCUUUGGAGUCAAGCAGCAGGCACUGUUUCAUGUACUGGCAGCUUACUCUGUCUACAACACGGAGGUGAGCUACUGCCAGGGGAUGAGUCAGAUCGCUGCCAUCUUGCUCAUGUACUUGAAUGAGGAGGAUGCUUUCUGGGCUUUAUCCCAGCUCCUUACAGACACCAAGCAUUCCAUGCACGGGUUUUUCAUCCCAGGAUUUCCCAAGCUGCAGCGUUUCCAGAUUCACCAUGAGCUCAUCCUCUCCAAGAUGCUGCCCAAGUUGAAGAAACACCUGGACAAGGAGCAGAUGGCAACAGGGAUUUACGCCACCAAGUGGUUUCUCCAGUGCUUCAUUGACAGAACUCCUUUCACCCUCACCUUACGUUUAUGGGACAUCUACAUACUGGAGGGGGAGAAGAUCCUCACCGCUAUGGCCUACACCAUCUUCAAGCUACACAAAAAGCGCCUGAUGAAGCUUCAGUUGGAGGACCUGAGGGAGUUUCUUCAGGAGCAGCUGGCUUUGUCUUUCUUCCUUCCUGAUGAUGUGGUGGUUGAACAAUUACAGGCUUGCAUGUCAGAGCUGCACAGUAAAAAGCUGGAUCUACCUCCUCCAGGCAAGUCCGACGAGCUGCCCAAGAAGCCUCUGGGUCAAGAGAGACCGGUCCUCCUUGUGCCUUUGCAGUCUGACUCGCCUCUGGAGGUCAAAACAAACCUGCAUGCCAACAGCGAGCUCGUUACAGAUGACACCGCCCUUCAACAGGAGCAUUUCCCAACAGAUUCCCAGAAGGGAAGCCUCUCGGGAUCAAACACACCUUCAUCAGAACCUGCUUUUCAGACUCCAGGAGCUCCUUCCCUGAGGCCUUGUAGAGCACCUCCUUUACCUCCAAAAGAAGACAAGCUUAUGGUAAAAGUAGGGCUGAGUGAUGUAAAGGAUAAACACCCAGAACAGGAGAACCAGACGAGUGAGCCGGAGUCCCAGGAGGAUCCAGUGGACUGGCCUCCCCCCUAUGUGCCCUCUGCUCUGGAUGCCAUCAACAUACAAGCUGAGGAGGAGAUUAUGGACCUUCCAGAUCUUCCACCUCCACCUUUUUUCUACUCUGAACAGAGCAACCAGAGGUAUCUGAGCAAUGACUCUCCCAGACCGGGGGCUCAGACUGGCCUAGAAAUCCAACAUCGCUCUCCUUACCCUCAAUUAGAUUCACCGUUGGUCCCUCAAACAAAGUUCUCCGCCAAACCACCUCCAUCUCUCAACGUCCCAAAGCAAAAGAGUCCUCCUCAGUGUGCCUCCAAAGCAUCGUCCUCUUCUCCCAGACUCCCACCACCAAAGCCAACGAAGUUCCCCAUUUCUCUUUAUGUCCCUGGGUCUGCUGGCGACAGGCGGCCCUCCAACACCUCCCAGUACGACAACCUGUCCGAGGCUGAUGACGAGGACCGUUUAGUGGAGAGGUUGCUGGCCUCUACUCCUGAGGAAGACCUCAGCAUCCCACCUUAUACUACUGACAGAGACUACGACCCUGCCUUCUACCCUGUACCCCCACCUCCCGCCUUCAUUCCUCCGUCUCCUCCCUCCAUGUACACUCUCCCUAGUUUGCCUCAGGAGCCUGAAUAUAAAGGCGAGGACGGCUGGGUGGAGGAUUCCAUCAUCCCCCCUCCUCCAUCCCGUUUUGCUGACAGACUGGUUCCAUUUCAGUGUACCACUGCCAUCUGCUUGGACACACACAGAGCCGUGUCACCAGUCUACUCCAAGAAUUUCUCCAGGGGCCCGAGAGACCACUCCGCCUUCCCAGCACCUUUGUUGUACACGGGGUCACCUCCAGGUCACUCCAGGUCGUCAGGACAGUCACCAGUAGGUGUGGCCCUGGUUCGAUCCAGCCCUGACUUCUGUAGGACGCCUCCUGGUGGACAGGCGCUGCCAAAAUCAGUGACUUUUUAAUAAGAAUUUGCAUUUCAAACCCCUUUAAAAGGCCAGUAUGUCUGUGUGAGAAGAGAAAUUUUCAUAUAUUAUCUACUGUACAGAUAUUUGUAAAGGAGUUGGUGUCAAACCCAUUUAAAAUGUUCUUAAUGUUGGUCAAACUGUGUAUUUAUCAGGCUUAGUUGUUCAUAAUAUCACCUGUGGUUUAAUUCUGGUUUGUUUUGGACAGACAGACACAAAAGCACAGUUAUCAGCUCCAAGUAACUCCAACAAAGUGUCUUAAACUAUCUUGGUGCUCCGAUUAUCGCAGCUCAAACCAGGGUAUCUGCAGGUUUAAGGGAGCCAAAUUUAAGACUUUUUAAGACCUUUUUUUAAGGCCACUUUGACCAAAUUUAAGCUAUUUAAGCAGGGCAGCAGUAGCUCAACAGGUUGAGCGGGUUGUCCAGUAAUCGGAAGGUUGCAGGUUCGAUCCCGGCUCCGGACAGAGAAUUCUGCUGUUGAGUCCUUGGGCAAGACACUUAACCCAACUUGCCUGCUGGUGGUGGUCGGAGGGACCGGUGGCGCCUGUUCUCGACAGCCUCGCCUCUGUCAGUGCGUCCCAGGGCAGCUGUGGCUACAUCAUGGAUGUGUGUGAAUGGAUGAAUGAUACACUGUAGUGUAAAGCGCUUUGGAGUCCUGACUCUGAGAGGCGCUAUACAAGUGCGGGUCAUUUAUCAUUUUAGCUAUAAUUUCCAGCUGUUGCCUGGAACCGGUGCUAACCAUGCCACGAUCGUGGGAUUAGCCAUCCAGUUACCAUUAAACUUGCACUUCCCCAUGGUGCAAGCUCCCACUAGCUUAACCAGCUAACGUGCUCAUCUAAAAAUAGCCCCCUUUCACAACCAACUGAAUGUGUACGGUUCCGCUUACGCCAACAACGUACACAAAAAACGCUGAACACCAACUAGAAAUUCACGAAAAUUUUAUAGAAAUAAAAGAAUCUUGUUUAUUGGGUCUUUGGUCAUUUAAGACCUUUGGAAACUGUAUUUAAGGAUUAUUUGUAAUUUUUAAGGAUUUUUAAGGCCUUAAAUUUGGAAAAGCUAAUUUAAGGCUUUUAAAGACUUUUUAAGGACCCGCGGAUACCCUGUAACGCAAGGGCUUCUCAGGCUGCCAGGGAGGAUCACCGCUGUAGCGUUUGUUCUGAAGUCGCAAUUAAACCAUGAGCAGGCUCACGGUAUUAAUGAGAACCCGUCAAUACCGCUUUGUUACAUCCACUGAACAGAUAAUAAUAGAUUUAAUGUGGCAUAAAAGUAAAGAAAAAGUACAUUUCCUUGUAGCGCCACCUAGUGGCCAGAUCAGAAUGACUGAAUUUCAGCUCUAAAUGUUUUGUAAAAGAGGAUCUCCACCUUUUUAAUAUAAACAUUAUGCUUAUCUGUCCAAGUCUAUUAACAAAUGUUACAGAUCAGGGAUGAAUUCAAAUGGAUCAAAACCUUAUUUAUUCAUUCAGAGCCAUUUGUGUGACUUCGGUGUAAAGUUUCCUGGAAACGUGUCCUUGUAAAAUGGAAGAUGAGCCAUAAAAUACUUUAUAAGGAACUUUAAAUAACUAGUUCAGAAAUCUGCACAGCAACAGACACAAUUUUCAGACCUAACACAGAAACGUGUAAUAUUUUAUUUGUAUUUUGCACCGGUUUGGUCUUUUUUUUUUUCAAGCGUUUGCUUAAGGAGGAUCUUUGGUCUUGCGGUGCGAAGACUCAGAAUGUUGGACUCUCGGCGUCUUUUGUUAUGCAACUCCAAACUGUGCAUCUCUACUUUUAUCAAUCUGUCACCAUGGAGACCGGAUGUGAGACCAAAGCUGAUCAACAUUUAUGCAACUACUUGAGUUUUUAUAAAGAAAUUAACUUUAA